AUGGCGAUUCAAAAGAAGCAUGGCAAGGGACGUCUCGACAAAUGGUACAAGCUCGCCAAAGAGAAAGGCUACCGAGCCCGUGCCGCCUUCAAGUUGAUCCAGUUGAACAAGAAAUAUGGCUUCCUCGAAAAGAGUAGGGUCCUGCUCGAUCUUUGUGCUGCACCAGGAUCAUGGUGUCAAGUCGCCGCAGAGACAAUGCCCGCGCAGAGUUUGAUCGUGGGUGUUGAUUUGGCUCCAAUCAAAGCCAUCCCUCGAGUAAUCACGUUCCAAAGCGACAUCACCACGGACAAAUGCAGAGCGACCAUACGACAGCACUUCAAACACUUGAAGGCCGAUACCGUUCUGCACGACGGAGCGCCGAAUGUGGGUGUGGCUUGGGUACAGGAUGCCUUUUCACAAGCGGAACUGGUCCUGCAGUCGAUGAAACUGGCCACAGAAUUUUUGAAAGAAGGAGGCACGUUCGUCACAAAGGUUUUCCGGUCAAAGGAUUACAAUGCCUUACUAUGGGUAUUCAAACAGCUAUUCACAUCGGUCGAAGCUACCAAACCUCCCUCGUCGCGAAACGUCUCUGCAGAAAUUUUCGUUGUUUGCAGAGGGUUUAAAGCGCCCAAAAAGAUGGACCCAAAAUUCCUGGAUCCGAAGCACGUUUUUGCUGAAGUGCAAGAAGCAACCCCGAACAACGAGGCCAAGGUUUUCAACCCGGAAAAGAAGAAGAGAAAGAGGGAAGGAUACGAAGAAGGAGAUUGGACUCAGCAUAAGGAAAUUCCGGUCACCGAGUUCAUUCACACCACUGACCCCAUCGCCAUUCUCGGCUCAGUCAACAAGCUGAGUUUUGACCAAGGACCCAAUGGAGAUCUUGCCAUGGCGACCCUGGACAGGUUGCCGGAGACGACAGCAGAAAUAAGACAAUGCUGCGAAGACCUGAAGAUUCUUGGAAAGAAGGAGUUCCGGACUCUUCUCCGUUGGCGGUUGAAAGUACGAGACAAAUUUGGCAUGUCCACCAAAGCCAAAAAGCAACAGGAGGCCGAGAAGGAAGAGGGCGAAGAAGUUGCCGAGGUCGAGUCAAUGGAUGAAGAGCUCAAGAUCCAGGAAGAGUUGCAACGUUUAAAGAACCAAGAUUCAAAGGAGAAACGAAAGUCGCGGCGAAAGGACAACGAGCGGAAGCGGAAAGAGAUAGUCAGGAUGCAGAUGCACAUGACUACACCUCAGGAAAUUGGCUUGGAGCAGAAUGGCCCGCUGGGAGAAGGUGCAAUGUUCAACAUCAAGACUUCAGACAAGGCUCAAGCAGCUGCAAGGAUUGCCGGUGCUGAAAUCCAGGACACGGAAGACCUCGAAUCUGAAGUGACGGAGGAUGAGUCGGACGAAGAGGAAUCUGAUGAGGAUGGAGAUCGGCUGGAACAAGAACUCGAUACCCUAUAUGAGUCUUAUCGGGAAAGGCGAGAACAAAAUGAUGCCAAAGCUAGAGCCAAAAGAGCGAGGAAGGAGAAGGAGACUGACGAAUGGACUGGCUUGUCAGAUGAUGAGAAGACUGGCGACGCACCCACAGAUGCAGAAUCCGAUGCAGAAGGAGACUAUCCCAUGCGACAAAUCCCCAAGACAGAAGGCCUUUCUGCCAAGGCAGCCAUGUUUUUCGACCAGGAUAUUUUCCAGGAUCUAGGGAUCGAGGACGACCAAGACGAUGAAGAUAAGGACAGCGCGAUCGAACUCGAAGAUGAAUCAUCCGACCAAGCGAAGCACGCGGUAUCGUCUGAAAAACAGGAACCGGCAUCUAACCAACAGGUUGGGCCCCUGAAGUCGGCGCUGAAGAAACCACAAAAAGCCGCACCUAAGCCCGCCGACGGCGACUCUGACUCCUACUCCGAAUGGGAGCCUGUACAAAAAGCCUCCUCAUCAUCCCAGCCCUCACGACCCGAAGACCCUCUACUCCCUAACGGCCAAUUAGACGUGGACAUCAUCACGGCCGAAGCCAUGACCCUUGCGCAGUCCCUCGCCACCAAACGCACCAAGCCCUCCGACCUCAUCGACGACAGCUUCAACAAGUUCUCCUUCCGCGACGUCGAUGGCCUGCCCGAGUGGUUUCUCGACGACGAGUCGCACCACUCCAAGCCCCAGCGGCCGAUCACCGCCGCUGCCGCCGCCGCGAUCAAGGAGAAACUGCGUGCGCUGAACGCCCGGCCAAUCAAGAAGGUCCUCGAGGCCAAGGGCCGGAAGAAGUUCAAAGCGGCGCAACGGCUGGAGAAGUUGCGCAAGAAAUCCGCCAUGCUGCUCGAGGACGAGGGCAUGAGCGAGAAGGACAAGGCCGCCGGGAUUGCGAGGAUGAUGUCUCGCGCGGCCAAGAAAGGUCGGCCGAAAGAGAAGGUCAAGCUCGUCGUUGCACGCGGCGGAAACAGGGGCAUCGCCGGAAGGCCGAGGGGCGUCAAGGGCAAGUAUAAGAUCGUGGAUCCAAGGCUGAAGAAGGACGUCCGCGCCGAGAAGCGAUUGAAGAAGAAGUUGAAGAAGUGA